ACGUUUGAAAAAAAAAAAAAAAAAAAAAAAAAAGCUUUACUGAAUUAAAUGAAUCUGGAUAUGGAUUUUUGAAGCAGAAGAAAAAGAGAAUAACAGUUCCUGAAGACCGCAACAGGAGUGGCUUUUAAAGGCUGUUUAUGUGAUUCGUGCAUGAGUAAAUAGUUGCGCGCUCCGUCCACGCGCGUCACCUGCGUUUCCAUCACUGGAUUUGACGGGUUCCCAUCCCAUACCAACAACGUGCAUCACUUGACAGGAAUGAAAGGAGACAGCGAUCAUGCCAGUAAAGCGACUUGUGUCCUCCAACUUUUCUGCCUCUCUCUCCUGACUUCCUUUGGGAAAGGAGAAGAAGCGUCCUGCCAUGGAGCCUUUGAUUUAUAUUUUGUGUUGGAUCGGUCAGGCAGUGUUUCUGACAACUGGAUGGAGAUCUAUGGAUUUGUGGAACAACUUACUAAUCGUUUCGUAAGUCCGAAAAUGAGAGUGUCCUUCAUAGUCUUUUCCUCUAGUGCAGAAGUAGUCUUGCCUCUCACUGGAGACAGGGCAGCUAUUGAUAGUGGUCUACAAAGUUUGAGCGAGAUCAGACCUGCUGGUGAUACCUACAUGCACGAGGGGUUAAGAAAGGUAUUAAAACAAAUGACUACCCAGGGCGCCAGAGCAUCCAGCAUCAUUAUUGCACUGACUGAUGGGAAGCUGGAGGUUUAUCCACAUGACCUUGCUGUGAAAGAGGCUAACCAGGCGAGACAGUAUGGUGCACGCAUGUAUUGUGUUGGUGUGAAGGACUUUGAUGCAAACCAGCUUGCAGAUAUUGCAGACAGCAAAGAUCAAGUGUUUCCCGUUGUGGAUGGAUUCCAGGCCCUCAAAACCAUCGUAAAUUCGAUUUUAAAGAAAUCCUGUGUGGAGAUUUUUAACCUUGAGCCCUCCAGCAUUUGCGUCAAUGAAACAUUCAACAUUGUGUUGCGAGGAAGGGGAUUCACGCAGGGAAGAAGCUCAGAUGGUGUGGUCUGCACGUUAUCUGUCAAUCAACAGGAUCCUUACAAUGAGAAGCCGAGUGCAGUGAAGGAUAAUUACGUGCUGUGUCCAGCUCCAGUGUUGACCGAGGUUGGACACUCCCUCGAUGUGCUCAUUAGUCUGAAUAAUGGCCAGUCUUACAUUUCAAGUCCAAUCACAAUAUAUGCCAACACAUGUUCUGAUGGGAUAGUGAUAGUGAUUGUCAUCCUGUUGCUGCUGGUGUUGUUGUGUUUAAUUGUGCUCUGGUGGUUCUGGCCGCUCUGCUGCAUGGUGGUAAUCAGCGAUCCACCCCCAUCUCGCCCUCCGCCUCCAUGCCCAAUACCUGAACCUGAGGAGGACCUUCUGCCGAAGAAGAAAUGGCCUACAGUGGAUGCGUCUUAUUAUGGUGCCAGAGGGCCUGGAGGCAUCACACCCAUGGAGGUUCGCUGGGGUGAAAGGGGCUCUACAGAGGAAGGGACGCGGUUAGCGAAAGCUAAAAAUGCUGUGGUCAAAAUGCCAGAGGAGGAGUUUGAAGAACCUGUAAAAAGACCCCCACCCAGAUCACCACCAAUAUAUCGAGCCCCAGUCCCAGACAAAUGGUACACACCCAUUAAAGGACGUUUUGAUGCUGUGUUAGCAUUGCUGCGGAGACAAUACGACAGAGUUGCUGUCAUGAGACCCACAGCAAAUGACAAGAUUCAUUCAGUAGGAAUAAGUAAAGGAAACAGGAAAUUGAUGAGUUUUGAAGAAAUGCAUGAAACACUAUAUGCAGGAAACAACAGAUUUGUGUCACAUAAAUAGCACUCCACCUACAAAGACAUCACUUCACACUAGGGCUGCACGUUUUCAAGUUUUUCAUUAACCGUUAACCGAGGCCCUUAGCGGUUAAUAAUCGGUUAACCAUAGUGUGCGCCAGGGUUUCCGUUGUCCGGUAAUUUCCAGACAUUGGCCAAAAAAAGAAAAAAAAAGAAAUGUCCGACAAAAUUUAAUCUCUCCGGUCAAAUUGUCCUAUUAAAACUACCUAAUAAUCCCGCCCACUAACACAAUCUGUAUUUGAGAAUACGCCUAAAAUGUAUAAAGCAAAUAUACACCGACCUUUGGCUAUGUUAUAAAUAAAGGAACAGGCUCUAGUAAUGGUUAUGUAACUUUCCGUGUUUAGGCGAAGGUAACAAGCAGGCUCCGCGGCCGCCUCGCUAAGGCUAUGACUAUGAUAUGUUUGACAGGUACAAUAUUUGAAAAUCGAUAAUUAUUUUUUUUAAUUACAUUUAUAUCUGAAUUUAUGUCAACCUAUAGACUUUCAAAUAUCAAAAUGUCAUGAAUUAAUAUGUAUUUGUGUACAAAAUGACAUAUAAACAUAUUUUCCUAUUAUAUUUUGCCUGGAAACGCUUCCAACAAGGCGUCAGUUCUAUUUCUAGCAUGCACGCGUCGAGCCGCGCGUCUCACGCAGGCAGUCGGCAAGCUCUAACCUGUUAACAUAUGGGGUGUGGUUUAUGCAUUUGAUUUGCAAACUAAGCAAUCAUCGUGUCAAUCGUCGCGUACCUUGCCGUGACCAAAGACGUGUGAUAAGAAGCGCGACACUUUCGUCGCCCCCCUUCUCGCGUGAGAAGCUACGUGACGUCAAGCGCCUUGUCAUUUUUAAUAUCUUUUUUUUUUCCAUUUGUGUGUGUGAUUUUGUCAAAUGUCUUAAGUGCUGUAGUUAAGUGUUUGUUUGUUUUUUUGUUCGGAGCAAAAAGAAAGAAAAACUUGCAUGUUAUAACAAUUAGCUCCUCCAAAUCCCCAAAUAUUUCAUAAUCUUCAUAAUGCUGACGAAAAUAUGAGUAAAAUUUAAUUUACACUGCAGUAUAUCUAAUCAAUGAACUUACAAUGUUAUUUAGAAGUGCACAUGUAAAACAACAACCAGGAACAACCAAUUCACAGCUUUCUUGUAAGCAUCAUAUAUAACUAAUGGCACCAAGAUAAGGACAGUAUAAACCAAAAAAACAACAUUUGUAUAGGUUUAAGUGUUUUGUCCACCAGAAAACAUAAAUUGAAAAAUGGCUUAAUGCAUUAAUAGUUAAAUCCAAAGGCCAAAUUUGAAAUUAACAAUGGACCAUGGGCCAGGAGUAAACACUUCAAUCAUGUAAUGUUUUAAUAAUUUUGUAGUUUAGAAAUUAUAAAAUUAUAAAAUAUAAAUUAUAAAAUUCAUAUAAACAUUCUCCAAAGUCUCAUUCAUAAAACACAAACACAUCAAAUAGUUAACUCUAUUGUCACAGUGUGAACUCAAAUAACACACAAUUAUCCAUAAGCAAGCAUUCAGUAGCAUCUCAGGAAAUUAUGAACAGGAGCACAGGUGACUGCUUUAAAAAUGCAUCCUAGCACUGGAGAGAGAGCUGAAAGAAUCACACAGUGUAGUACAGUAUAGUAACAGUACUUUAUUACAAUUACAGUGUUUUGAUUUUAUCUCACUAGUGUGCACUGAGCAGGGAGGUUGUCUGCACUGUAAAUUAUAAUGAGUAAACCUUAUUUAAAAAAAAGCAUGCAAACCGAUUGCCUUGAAAAAAACAA